CCGCAACUUCCGGUUCAUCCGCGAUAAAUCGGUUUGAACGUAAAUCCACUUCAAAAGGGACUGCACGCGCUUAGUGUACCGGGAGGAAUUACUGUAUGGAAGCUUGAUUCAAGAAGCGCGUCCACGUUUAAAGAACACUACUCCUUGCUAACUCAAAUGCUAUCAGAGGGAAUCGAAGCGUAUUGUUAGGCGUUCACGAGGGUUUGACUUGCAACAAAAGCUAACAGCAGUGGGCAGUGUAUCAUCGAAAUCGAGCGUACAGUUUUGUCUACUCAAAAUUUGUGAUGGAGUCCUAAUAAAACGGGUUUGGCAGAGAUCGUUAUACUCAAGAAACAAUACGCCUGCAGCCAUUGGUCAAACAUUAUCUGUUCCCUUUAUCCAGUGUGGGUUUUCUAGUGCUUUAAUAGCCCGCCAUUCUGAGCACAACAGAUAAUUUACAUGUGGCAUUCGCCCGAUCAAAGCUUCGACUCCUCUGCCUGUGAUGUGUUUAGUUAUUUUUAUCUGCUGAGAAAACAUACGUCUUGGGAGAGAAAAUAAAUAAUAAAAUCCUCCAACAAGACCUGACAUGGCUCAUGAGCACUACAUCAUUGUUACCACAUGGAACAUUCUCUGGGUGCUUUUUUCCAUUUCUGCGCCCUUAGCAAGUAUUGCAGGCAUACUGACUCCUAAGUGGCUUGUUGGAACAAUAGAAUCUGGACGAACAAACUUAUCACAACCAUUGGCACCAGAUGAUCGGGGAACACCUUCAAUAGGCAUUAUUAACCAUUGCAUUAGGUUUUCCGCUGUGAUUGGUGGAAGGGAGAAGCUGACAUGUAUGUACUAUGGGAAUGAGUUUGGGGACAUUGCCUGUGAUGAGUGGAAAGCAUCCAUUGUCUUUCUGAUGAUUGGUACCGGAAUACUUUCUGUGGUUGUCUUUAUGGCAUUAAUUGGAUUCUGUUUCCAAAGCUGUGGGAGAAAGUCAUUGUUCCAAAUAGGUGGGCUCAUUCAAGCCAUUGGAGGAUUGUUCCUUGUUAUUGGUCUGGUACUAUAUCCUGCUGGCUGGGGCAACCGACGAGUAGAAAAGCUCUGUGCCAUUAGAUACCAAAAAGCUGACCCCUUUGUUAUGAAUGAAUGUUCAUUUGGCUGGGCUUUCUAUGCUACCUUAGGGGCUACCAUUGGUGCGUUUGUCUGUGCUUUCCUGGCCACACAGGCUGAGAAGUCAACAUCAAGUGAUAAAGUCCAGGACAAGAUCUUAGAGGGACAGACAUGCAUUUGUCUUAUUUAAUCAGCCAAUGUUAAAAAGUGGAGUACACAGUGAGAAAUCCAAAAA